GGCAAGCCUGAAACCGUGCAGAAGGCUGGUUUUAUCAAAGGCCCGGUGUUCAAAGGCAUUGCUUCCAGUCGCUUUUUGCCCAAAGGCACCAAAACAAAGGUUAACCUUGAGGAGCAAGGAAGACAAAAGGUGUCUUUCAGCUUUAGUUUAACCAAGAAAACCUUACCGAAUAGAUUUCUGACUGGUCUCGGAAACGAGAAACAAAAUGAAACUCCGGCAGUACCCCUUCAGAGUGACUUUAACCCCAAAAGUAAAGUGGACUUGGGGGAUGCCGCUGGUUCAACUGAGGAGUCUUCACCUCCAAAACCGAAGGUAGAAUUAGGGAAGAUCCAUUUUAAAAAACAUUUACUUAAUGUCACGGCAAAACCGCCACCAGCUCCAGCAGCAACGCUACCGCCACCGGCUGGGACAACCGUCACGGAAACCAGGGAGCCGUGCCACGCGGUCCCGAAGGAGGCUUUGGAGCCAGACGUCAAGCAGGAGGCGGUAUCGCGCGGUUCGGAAGAACGUGUAGCUCAAAACACGGCCGAGCAGACGGAAAUAACUCCGCAGAAAGAAGAUUCCCAUAUUGGGAAAGAGGAUGAGGUUUCCGACGGCUCGAAGGGUGCUUCCCUCUGCUCCCGGAGGCAGGGCUCCAAGAGGAAGUUCUCCCAAUCCGACGGCACGCUGCUGGGCUCCGAGUCCGAUGAAGAUUCGGUGAGGACCUCCUCCAGCCAGCGGUCACACGAGCUGAAGGUAUCCAGUACGGAAAAGGAGAGAGAUUCCAGGAGAAGCUCCACGUCCCUCAGAGGUGACGACCUGGGGAAGUCCUCCUCGCGCUCCAAGUCGGACAGGGAUGAGAAGUACUCGAGCUAUUCGAAAUCGGAAAGAGAUUCGCGAUACGCGUCCUCCCGCUCUCGAUCAGACAGAGAGAGAAGGCGAAGCCGGUCUCAUUCCCGUUCCCGAUCCGAUCGGAGCUCCCGAACCAGCUCUUCCUACUCGAGGUCGGAGCGCUCGCAUUACUACGAAUCCGACCGCAGAUACCAUCGGAGCUCCCCGUACAGGGAAAGGUCGAGAUAUUCCCGUUCGUAUGCGGACAGCAGGGCGCGAGACAGCUCGGACUCAGAGGACGAGUACAGGAGGACGCAUUCCAGAUCGAGCGACUCAAGGCGUACGUCGUCCCACUCCUCCUCCUCCUACAGAGACUCGAGGACUUCUUACUCUAAGUCGGACAGGGACAGCAAAGUGGAGUCGUCUCAUGCCGACGCGGAGAGGAGAGGAAGGUCUUCUUCGAAAGCAGAUAGAGAUUCAAAAAGGACUUCAGAAAGUGAAGUAUCCAAAAGGUGCUCUCCCCUUGACGAGCUAGGCUAUCGAAAGGGGACAUCCCAUUCUAAGCCCGACAGUAAUGUGAAUUCCUCCCGUUAUAAGUCCACCCCUUCCAAGACCCCCGCACCAAAGCCUGAUAAAUUUAAGAGUUCUUUCUGUUGUACAGAAUCGACUGAAGAAAUAAAACAGCAGUCUAAUUCUCUAGAUUUAGAGACCUCUUGUCUAAAAAGCAGUGAGAUCAGGGUGUCCAUUGCGAAGAAAUUUGAAAGGGAAAAGACACUUUCUCCGUUAAAUCAGUUAAACGAUUCGCCCGCUUUUAAAAUGGCAGACGAAUCGAAAGCGGGUUUCGCUACCUCCCAGUCCGAGGAGCUUACAGGAAACGAAUGCCACGACAGUGUUAAGGAGCCAGAAACUUUAUUCAAGAUAAAGGACGAUCAGUUAAGAACGUGUUUCCCCACGGAGCUGAGUGUAAACGGGUCCCCGGAGGGUAGGGCUGAUGGUUUGGCAACUUCCAGUGCCUGCAAAACUGAGGAUGUCACCGCGUCUUCCGACGAUAGCCUGCGUCGCUCGGAGGCGUCCCCUGUCGUGAAGACCAGUCCGUCGUAUCCGUUGCCGUCGAAUGGGUUCGAGAGCACGUUUGCGUCGCAAGAGCAAGAGCCGGAUGAUUCUCGGGUCCAGUCCAGCGAGUGCAACAGUCUUUUUGGGGAAACUGAGGCUCCGGUCCCGCAGCAGCAAGGGGAAGCCAUCCCUUUGCCCGUCGUGAAUGUAGAUCAUGCUAAAACUGUACUUCAGCUGGAUGAUCAGGCGCCUCUGUGCGACAAAACCAAAGAACCAGUUUUUUGCUACAUUUCAGACGAUGCCACCCCCGGUUUCUAUCAUUCGGAAGUUGAAAUCGAAGCGGAACCAGCAGAUUUAAAAGUCACAUCCGAGACUUUCCUGGACGUGGAGGUAGAGCCGCAGACCGUUACGUGCGAUUACGAGAGCACGGAGGAUCACCACUCACAGGCUGUGUGUGACGAUGAGCACGGUCUUCCUUCCCAUCAAACUAGCCUGGCAGCGGAGAGCUCGAGCAGGGAUCCCUCCCAGGAUGACUGUUCCCCAGGGCUCAGGUCCGACCAUCCCGUGGCGGUGGAAAGUGUCUCCUCCAAAUGGGAUGUGCCACCGCCGGAUGGAUGCCAAGAACUGCUGCAGCAAUCGGAAGCCGAGGAGAUGCUCAGGUUGGGUGCUCAGCACGUUGAUCUUGGCUCAGCAAAAAGCAAGCCAUCGUUCCAAGAUGAACAUUCGUACUAUUCCGAAGUGCCGCUGGAGCACCGCAGCAGAGAGGUCGUGGAACAAAGUGCUGUUUCCACCGAGGAAGUUGGGCUGGAUGAUUUGAGAGUUCACUGUCCCGGUGUGUUGGCCGAAAAAGAUGAGGGAAACGAGCCCUUGGUGGCUUCAGCUUUUCCAGACGCCUUGUUUCCCUCCUGCGAUGUCAUUGUCACUGCAGAAGAAACGGAGACGGUGACUCAAGCCCCGACGUGCGACAGCAGCGGCAACGCCGCCGAAUUCAUUCCCGCUGGCCACGACGAUUAUUCCGACACGGGGGAGAGUGACAGCGAGGGGGGCAGCGAAGACAGCGACACAGAAGACUCUGAUUCUGACGACGACGUGCCACGCAAACGACUGCAGUCCGUUGUGAUCGUACCAAAGAACUCGACCAUUGCGAUGGAGGAGAGCAGCCCUGGUUCCUCACGGAGCAGCCAGGGCAACCGGCGCUUCUCCGACCACUGGGAGGAUGAGCGACCCGAGCCCAGUAGACCCUACUACGAAGAGAGGGUGGAGAGCAUGGCGAAUCCGUGCCAGCCUCAGAGCGACGGCGUGGACAGCACAAGUCAGGCAGACCUGACGGCAGACUGCCACGACAAACCCAACGCAGACGAGAGGAUCAUGGUGAAGGAGCUGAUGUCCAUUGGUAGACCGAUCGGCCGACAAGACGAGCAGCCAUUUUGUCUGCCGGAGAGUUUCGAAAGCACCGAUAAAUCCCGACACCAGAUGAGCUCUUCCAAGCCGGACAGUAGGCAAGGGAAGGGUGGGCUUAACCAGUCUGGCCUUGGAGACUUCUCCAGGCCGGAUGGUCUUCAUACAACAGAGGGUCUGGGUGGUUUGGGCUGGGACUUUUCCCAGUCAGAGAAGCCCAGUAGCACCUACCAGCAGCCAGAUAGCAGCUUCGGGGUCUACUCGGGCUACGUCUACCAACCGGGCUCAGGAGCCUACGGUGGCUCUCAGAGUUACUGGCAAGGCAACGGUUACUGGGAUGCGAGAUCUGCUAGCAGACCUUCUGCGGUUAAUUACGAACGAAUUCAAGGGCAAGUACCGGAUUCUCUAACGGAGGAUCACGAGGAAUACGAAGGGGAUGACCGUUGGGAUGAUGACUGCAAGCCUGGUUUUCCCAGCCCCUCGAGUAAAUGCCAGGUGCCCGGGCAGAAAGAAAAAGGCUCGGUGCAGGCACACGAGAUCAGCAGCAAUUCCACCAAGGAGCUGGUGCCUGGUGGAGAGAAGAAGGAGGAGGGGAAAGUUUUGGAAAAAAACGACGCGAAAGAACGAGGUCCACCAAAAAAAAGACGCCCGGAGUUGGAGAGCGACUCCGAGAGCGACGUGGACUCGAGGGAGAAGAAGAAGGUGAAAGUGGAGGGGGAGCAAGUGGAGCCGGCGCCGCAGGACUCCGCCAUGGUCGGUCGGUUGUGUAUCAUGGAUGACUUCAGAGACCCUCAGCGCUGGAAGGAGUUUGCCAAGCAAGGAAAGAUGCCCUGUUACUUUGACCUUAUUGAGGAGAACGUGUAUUUGACAGAAAGGAAGAAGAACAAAUCUCACCGGGAUAUUAAGCGAAUGCUGUGCGAAUGCCCUCCCCUCUCCAAAGAAGAGCGAGCUCAGGGGGAGGUUGCUUGUGGAGAAGACUGUCUCAAUCGCCUGCUCAUGAUCGAGUGUUCUUCCAGGUGCCCGAACGGCGACUACUGCUCCAACAGGCGCUUCCAGAAGAAACAGCAUGCCGAUGUUGAAGUGAUCCUCACUGAGAAGAAAGGCUGGGGGCUGAGAGCUGCCAAAGAUCUGCCAUCCAACACUUUUGUCCUGGAGUACUGCGGAGAAGUGUUGGAUCACAAAGAAUUCAAGGCUCGCGUGAAGGAAUAUGCCCGGAACAAGAACAUUCAUUAUUAUUUCAUGGCCCUGAAGAACGACGAGAUAAUCGAUGCUACCCAGAAAGGAAACUGCUCCCGUUUUAUGAACCACAGCUGUGAACCAAACUGCGAGACACAAAAGUGGACCGUGAAUGGGCAGCUCAGAGUUGGGUUUUUCACCACCAAACUGGUCCCAUCAGGCUCAGAGCUGACGUUCGAUUACCAGUUCCAGAGAUACGGCAAAGAGGCUCAGAAAUGUUUCUGCGGCUCGGCCAACUGCCGGGGUUACCUGGGAGGAGAGAACAGGGUGAGCAUCCGAGCCGCCGGAGGGAAGAUGAAGAAGGAGCGUUCCCGUAAGAAGGACUCGGUGGACGGGGAGCUGGAAGCGCUGCUGGAGAAUGGAGAAGGUCUCUCCGAUAAAAACCAAGUUCUCAGCUUAUCCCGACUGAUGGUUCGGAUCGAAACUCUGGAGCAGAAGCUCACCUGCCUCAAGCUCAUACAGAACACGCACUCGCAGUCCUGCCUGAAGUCCUUCCUGGAGUGUCACGGCUUAUCUCUCCUCUGGAUUUGGAUGACAGAGCUGGGCGAUGGCCGAGGAAGCACCGCUAACAACCUCAAGUUGCAGCUGGAG